AUGGGUCAUCCUGGAGACCAGGUUAGCCUGAAAGAGUCUAUGCCCAGGUGUGCUCUACCUCCAGUGGCCCCUUGGGUUAGAACGAGAUCCAAAUUUCGGCAAUUACUUUCGUAUAUCGCGUUGUUCUCUGUCGCUGUUACAUUAUCAACUAUCUUACCUACUCCAUGGUCUCUGUAUCACGCGACAAACAGCUUGAAGAACGCGUUCAACUCAGGCAAAACGGACCCCGCCACGGAAUGGGAGGAUAACAUCUGGCCGUUGCGACAACAGACUCCUUGGGAUAUAUCAACGGAUUAUUCUUACCCAAGAAAACUCGAUUACGAAGUUACCGAGGGAACUUGGCUGCGUCUGGAUGUACAUCCUAUUUCUGGUGAUAUCGUAUUCGAUAUGAUUGGCGACAUAUAUUGUCUUCCAGGACGCCAGGCACUGAGAUCAAACACAGAAGCAGUUAACGCGCGUCCUAUCCUUACAGGCAUUCCUCACGACUCCGAUCCGCAUUUUUCUCCAUCAGGUGACAGGCUUGUUUUUAGGAGCGAUGCAGAACUUGGGGUGGAGAAUAUUUGGGUGACUGAAUGGAAAGGAUGCGAAGAAAUGGAUGUCCGUUCGCCCAGCCAAUAUAAUGAAGAACUUCAACUAGCUUUAAGCCAACAAGAAUAUGAAGAAGGCCUCCUUACUCAUGGUGUUAAGGAGUCACCUACAAGGAGGACAAACAGGCUUUUACGGGAAGGUCGAUUGACUGCUCGGAGAGUUACAAACGAAACAUAUCGUUGGGUCACGGAUGCUAGGUUUCAUCCUUCUGGGCACAAGGUUAUUGCCACAAAAUGGUACACCUCAGAGCGGUCCCUUGGGGCUGGCGAGGGCUGGGAAUAUGACGUGCCCUCUAUCCAUGAAUUGCGAACAGGAACAAAAAAUACCAUUCAGCCUGGAAGUGGUACACGUUUAGUUUCCCGUUCUCUGCCUCUGGGUUGGACGUCGGAGAAUUACGGUGACCAACAGAUUGGCCCGGAACAAUUUGUCUGGAAAGGGAAUGACGCUCUUAUAUUUGCAAAGAACGUUAUUGACUCCUCCAAAUUCACAUAUAGCAAAGAUAUCCAUAAAGGGAUCUACUCGAUAUUCCAAAAAAAUCUUACCACUGAUUCCACUAUCACACUAGUCGAUUCUACACCUGGUGGGGCCAGUCGUCCAGAGCUCUCGCGCGAUGGCCGUACUCUGGCAUUUGUUAGAAGGGUUAGAGAUAAAGAAGCUUUGGUCCUGAAGGAUCUUCGAACUGGUUCCAUUCACAAUAUUUGGUACGGCUUGACCUACGAUGUCUCCGCUAUUUCUGCCCCGAUGGGAACAUAUCCCUCGUUUGCCUUCACCCCUGCUGACGAUGCCGUCAUCAUAUGGGCUGCAGGUCAAAUUUAUUCUGUCCCUUUGGCUACCAAUUCCCUGGGAGAAAAAGUGGCAUCUUCGUCCGAUUCUCCCAAAGCUAUUCAAUUUGUUGCCCGCAUUAAGAAACGGCUAGCUAACACUCGAAGUGGUGGCGUUGACUUGGUUCAUUUUGAAACUCAGGAUACGCAAGACAUCCGAUCUUUACAGGAUCUUCGUGCUAACGACGAAGGCACCAAAGUGGUAUUCCAAGCCGCUGGGACAACUUAUUGGCAACAUGUGGGGAAAAACAUUAGUGGAGCUGUCCCCGUUAUGAACGAAGAGGCUUCUUACUACUCGCCCACCUUUGUUCCUGGAGACGAUAGCCUUGUGCUUCAUGCUCGCUGGUCCGAUUCGACGUAUACAACUUUUGAACUCUCAAAUUUGAACACAAAUACUGUACACGAGAUUGAAGUUCCAUUCGGUCGUUAUUUCUCACCAAUACUCUGUAAAUGCCAUGGAUCAGAAAGGACCAUUGCUUUCGUCAAGUCGGCAGGAAGCUAUCUUUCGGGUGAAAUUUUGGCCACUGCCGGAGAAGGCCUUUACAUGGGAGAGAUAACUCUUCCACCCGUUGACGCCACCAACUCUCACAAAAUUACAAUCCGAAACCUGCGCUUUGUGCCAACGGAAAUUGACUUUAACGGUGACGAUUCAGCACCUGUUGUCAACAUGCGUUUUAUUCAUACGAAUCAGAAACUUUUAAUCCAGCAAUCAAGGCGCGCGUUUGUAAUCCACUUUGCAGGGAAACACGAUUUAUCUGGAAAGCCCCCCCAUAGAAAUGUUGCUUCUGGCGAAAUGUCAACUGAGCUCGUUGUCGUCCCAAAAUCGAACAGUAAAUCUGCACUUGAUAUUGCUUUUGCCGAUUUUUUCCAUGUUUAUUUUGUCUCUGGGAAGCACGUCAAGAAAGGAGAGGCUGUCUGGUCCCGUCCGGGCAAUGCAACCAAAGGUCUGGCUAGGUUGAGCUUAGAUGGUGGCCACAGCAUUACCUUCUCCGCCAAUGGGGAACGGUUGUUCUGGUUCUUAGGUCCAUAUCUGCAUUAUUUGGAAACUUCUACGCUCAGUAAAUGUUCUUCUGCCAUUAGAAAGGACCAAGAUACCUUCGGUGUCUCGUGUGUGAAGACAUUGGUACGCUUCCAACAAGUCAACAAUGUUAAACACACGACCGACAUAGCAAGACUUAAACAAGAGGCUGCAAACGCAGUUGCUUUACGUCAACCCUGGCUUGAAGCCGAAAUCAAUAAUUCAGACGUCUUAGUUGUCUAUAACGCAACUCUCCUGACAAUGGAGUCAGGAAAUGCCGCCACUGAUUUAGUGAACUCCGGCAUUUUGGUGGUGCGGGGAGGCGUUAUUGAGUACGCAGGCCCACUCAAAGAUUAUAAUGUGCCCCCUGGUGCUACAGUUAUCGACGCUGAUGGAGGAUACGUUGUCCCUGGUUUCCUCGACGUUCAUGCGCAUUGGAACGGUUUUUCGGACAGAUAUCCUGCCAAAUCAUGGGAACUGGAGACAUUCCUUGCGUAUGGCAUUACAACGCUUCACAAUCCCAGUGCCGAUACAGUCAGUGCCUUCAGCGAACGCAGUCGCGUUGAAGCUGGAAAAAUGGUUGGCCCUCGUAUUUUUACUACCGGCACUAUUAUAUAUGGCGCAGCAAGCCCUGGGAUUCACCAAGAUAUUGUUGACAUGGCUGAAGCAUCCUCUGCUCUCAUAAGGAUCAAAGCAGAAGGAGGUCCUGCCAGUAUCUCAUACAAGAAUUACAAUAUUCCUUCUAGGGCAUCUCGACAGAGGUUACUAAAGGUGGCUCAAGACAUGAGUAUGCUCUGUGUUCCUGAGGGAGGGAUGAAUUUUGAUUGGGAUUUGACAUAUAUCAUUGAUGGCAUGACGACGGUCGAGCAUCCAUUGCCCAUUCCGCAACUAUACGACGAUGUUAUCACUUUAUAUGCUUUGAGCGGCACCGGUGCCACCCCCACGCAUAUUGUCAAUUAUGGAGGUGCAUGGGGUGAACAACUGGUUUGGGCCACAGAGGACGUACCCAACAACCCAAAACUCCGUCGAUUCACGAGGCAUGACAUUCUGGAAUUCGUGUCUGAAUCUACUGCGCGACCGAAAGAUUCAUAUGCAUUCUUAAACACAUCUCGCUCUAUUGCAGCCAUGGUAGACAAAGGGUUGUUGGCCAACGUUGGCGCGCAUGGAGAGCCUCCUCUUGGUGUCAACUAUCACGCCGAAAUGGGCUUCUUUGGCAUGGGAGGAUUGAGUAACUACGAGGUUAUACGCGCUGCUACAUCUUCAGGGGCCCGUACCUUGGGGAUGUUCCCAUCCUUGGGCUCACUUUCCCGGGGAAAGCUCGCAGACUUCUUGGUAUAUCCUCCAGGAAUUGAUCUUCUUGUAGGUGAGGUGAGUGAGAAGACCAGGCAACUGCGUUUUGUUGCGCGAGGCGGAAGAAUCUGGGAGGCCGACUCAAUGGUUGAAUUCUGGCCAGUGAAAGGAAGGAAACAGACCAUGCCUGUAUUGAAUGCCGAUUAG